AUGGAAGUUGAGAAUAACACUAGUGAUUCAACAGUAGAAAAUGUUCAAUUAUUUAUUCGUUCCCCAACCACCUUGCCUGAAGACUUUUCAAUAAAUGCAACACCCAACAAGUCCAUUCUUGACCUGAAAAAAACUUUAUUUGAGGAACACCCGCUCAAGCCAAAAAUCAAGGAACAGAAAUUAAUUUACAGAGGACGAGUAUUAGAUAACUCGGAAAUCCUUGCUGAAAUCUUGAAGGACGGUCUGUCCACGGCACAAACUUUUCAUUUGGUCGUUAAAUCGUCUUUUGAAGGUGAAUUUGCAAAAAUUGCUGCACCUACUGUAACUCCCUCUUCUAGACCGUCAUUUUCAUGGCUUCGUCGACGUGGCGGUGAUGCAGUUAAUAACAAUUCAACAACAGCAGCGUUAAUUUCUCCAAAUGGAGAGACUAUGACAGCUUCAGCAACAGCAACGGGGAAUCAACCAAUGAGACAUGCCGCUACCCAAUAUCCUCAAAUUAUAUCAAUGUUACCUAACCAAUAUGACAACAAUAAUAACAACAACAUUAUUUCACAACAUAAUUCUCAGCAAGAUGCACAGUCAUCAUCGUAUCAAAAUAUCGCCGGUUUGCAACCACAACUACUGCAACAAAUGAUCCCUUUCGCGUAUCCAACGCAUUAUUAUGUCAUGAUCAAUGGAUUACCGUAUAUGAUGCCUGCGGGACCAUACAUCCAACAACCGUAUUACUAUCACCCGCACAAUCUAAACUAUAAUAAUGCACUUUACCAGCCACAAUUCCCUCAACCUCAGCCUGUCUUUCCCGCUCAACAACAGCCACCAGAUCCAAACAACGAUAUUGGGGCAAGAAAUCGACGUCGUGCUGCAACUUUCUGGCUUCUAUUGAAAUUAGGAUUCCUGGUGUACAUCUUUUCUCAACAUGCAAGCAUAGAACGUGUCAUUCUACUACAUAUCUUCGCGCUUGUGAUCUUCUUAUAUCAAACUGGUCGAUUGCGCAUUGUACGAAGACGAAGACACCGAGUUCCUCCAAUAAAUCCACCAAACAACAAUAUCAAUAAUAAUAACUUGUUUGCCCAACAACCACCACCACCAAUUCCACAAACAGUCAUGCCGCAAGAUAGAGGAACAACUACGUCAACGCCUCCUACACGACAAGAAACACAAAGCACUGGUUCAGGGUCCGGCUUUGAACCUUCUGCUCAACCACAUACCUCAACUAGUUACGCCGCGUCUUCCGCCGCUAUGUCUUCAACAAACCUCCAGAAUCACGCCUCAACUUCCAACAAUAACAAUGGCGUUCACCAAGCAUAUAACAAUAAUGAAGAUGCUGCUGCUGCGCUAAAUCAAAAUAAUAAUAAUAAUGCAGCACAAGACGGUGAAGCAAAUAAUAACCAUUCAUUUACCUGGCGUGAUAUCGAGCAUGGAAUAUGGACUUUUAUCGCUUCAUUGAUUCCCACAAAUGCACCCGAUGGGGGAGGGCAACAAGAUGAUCAGAUUGCAAUGUAG